AUGCCCUAUAGGCACCACUUGAAAAGUCACCCCCCACGGGGCCGCCAUGGGUUGGGUCAUCAAGGUACGCCUCCAAGCCAUCGGAGGGCCGAGUGGCUUGCCAUCUCCACACCCACUCAUGGAGACCCAUGCUGCACCCUUGCCAGUACGGGACAAUACUCCGAUUCUCUUGACGAUCGAGAGAGUACUCGUAUCCAGCGGACCAAUGCGUGGUACGGAGGACUGUCGACCGCUUACGAGGAAGAUCUUUUCGUUGGAGCACCUGCAUAUGGCCAGGUUUACAUCGUAUCGCCAGAUAAGAACAGUCGCGGAUCACAUUCUACACUAACGAUGGUUUUUACAUCGCCAUCAUGGUGUCGAGACAUUCUAAUGCCCAUUCCAGACAAGGAGCUGGUGGGCGAAUUUGCUAUGAGAAGAGGGCAUGGUCUCAACGACGUGUCUGAAGAUAGCCCAAGCGCAAUAUGUGCUUACACUGGCAGGUCAUACUCGAUAAAGGAUAUCAGAUACAACGUGAAGUGUCUAUCAAAAAGCCUAGGUCAGGUGUUAGGUUGGGAUUUCAAUGAAGGUAGUCCCGAGGACAAAGUUGUCGCCAUCUGUUCUUUGAACUCAAUUGAUUAUGUCCCUCUCACUUGGGCCAUUCAUCGAAUUGGUGGAACCUGUCUGCUUCUUCAUCCAACAUCGUCGGCGGCUGAGCUUGAGAGUUUGAUGAGAAAGGCAAAUUGCAAGGCCAUGUUUACUUGCAAGCCCUUGUUGGGUCCUUGUCAAACUGCCUUUACCGCGAUAAACGGCAAUCUUUCCAAUCUUUUCUUGCUGGAAUUGCCAGAAGAGCCGCCAGUCCCAGUAUCCAACAGAACAAUUUCCCAGCUGAUCGCAGAUGGGGAGCAAUUGCCUGAUCUGCAGCCUCUGAACUUGGAGGGCUUUAAAAGCAAGGAAUGCCUGGCCUAUCUAUGCCCAACCAGUGGUACAUCCGGGUUUUUGAAAAUUGCAAAGGUAUCGCACGCGAACGUAAUGGCGAAUAUGCUGCAAGCAGUAACCAUCGACGCUUAUACGUUUGCUAGGCAAACGGAUGUCAGCCUGGGAAUAUUGCCGCUCAGUCAUGCUUAUGGCCUUAUGCUUCAGCAUCUUUUGACUUGGAGAGGAGAUUGUAUCAUCUUACAUCCAAAAUUCGAUAUGCAAUUAGCUUUGAAAUCAGUUCAGCAGUAUCAAAUUCGCAGGAUGUACCUGGUGCCUACUAUUAUUGGUGCACUUGUCACGAACCCGAUAUUGUUCAAAUAUUUUGAUCUAUCUUCAGUGAAGCGUGUUAUCAGUGGCUCUGCCAGCCUACCCGAACAGGUUUCUAAGGCGAUUCUUCAAAUAUGUCCGGAAUGGGAAAUAAACCCUGGAUAUGGUUUAACCGAGGCAUUUGUUUGCGUGUCAUGGACUAGCCCCAAUAGCAACUAUCCUGGGUCUGCUGGUUGUCUCCUCCCAUUAGUGGAAGCCCGACUUCUGGAUGCUGAUGGCACAGACAUCACUGCUCAUGGCCAAGCAGGAGAUCUCCUCGUGCGAUCUCCCAGUGUUAUGCAUAAUUAUCUUUGGGAGGACUCGACAGAUACCGGAACUUUCGAUUCUGAUGGAUGGCUGAGAACUGGUGAUGUGGCAACCUUCCAAGAGAACGCCAAAGGCGACAGUCAUCUCUUUAUUGUGGAUAGAAAGAAAGAUAUUAUGAAGGUGAAAGGCAUUCAAGUUCCUCCUGUUGAGAUCGAGGGACACCUUCUAGCUCACCCCGCUAUAGAUGAUGCAGCGGUGGUGGCCAUACCAGACGAAGAUGCUGGAGAACGUCCAUUUGCCUUCGUUGUACGUUCUCUGAAGGUCAUGACAGACGUUGACGAGAAGACUCUCAAGCUGGCUGUAGCCAAACACAUUCAAAACUCGCUGAGCGAGCCUUACUGGCUGCGUCAAAACAUUAAAUUCAUCGAGGCUAUCCCUAAGAGCCACAACGGGAAAGCUUUAAAGUUCAAGUUGAAGGAGCAACUCGUCACUGCUUAG